AUGUCGGUCGUCCGCCAUGCCUUACAGCCGACCAUCAGCGACAUCACAGCCGAGUGGAUCCUUCCUGCUGGCAUGGAGCUCAUUCAAACCCCCCUCAACCACCACCACGCCCCCAUCAGCAGGGGCGAACCCAUCGUCAUCUACGCCCUCCUCUGCGACACCGCCCGCUUGCAGAGCACCCUGGCAUCCGUGCUGCUCCGCGGGGACUCCAUGAAGAGGGCCAACCCGUUCCUCAAUCAGUGCCUGUCGAGGGGGUCGAGCAGCGAGAGGACGGAGGAGAGCGGGUCGGCAGGGACCAACGCUACGGGGUCGCCCCUGAAGACCGCGAGAAUGAACAAGGACAGAGAGCCACCCCUUCCCUUGAAGCUGCAAAAUCUACCCCAGAAGUGCCAGUCGAACGGUUUGCUGUGUGGUUACACUGAAGUAGGGGAAGCAUGCGAAGUUCACUCGCACCCGGAGUGUAACAACUCAACUACUGAAGUGAAUUACCUCAAACCAAGAAUUUGA